UAUGGGCCCCUGUUGUCACCGUGCCUGCUCUGCGCUGGACAUUUCACCUCGCCACUGUAAAUUUACAAAGGGGAUUACAUUCUGCUGACCAGUGAUUUCAAAGCCGUACCCGGUGCUGGUCCCUCCCUGCAUGGCAGAGGACUUCAUUGCGGGGUUUGGUGGUUUUAUUUUCAUAUAGACAUAUAAAAAGGGUCUGGAACGAGGCUGCCGGGAAAGAAAACGGACCUGGACUACAGACACCGUCAGUAAGUCGCUGUUUACGCAUUGAAGAAAAAAAAAACACUCUUACUCUCCAGAGAGAGAGAGAGAGAGAGAGAGAGUGCGGGGAGAAGAAGAAGAAGAAAAAAAACAGAUUUGUAGUUGCCUGGGCGUUUUGAACGCGCUCAGUAUAAACGGUGAUGCCUCGGCGACGCGCCGGAGUCGGAGAGGGAAGAGGCAGGUGAGGUGCGGCUGAGGAGCGUUAUUCCAGAGAGCCUUGGAUACCAGGAGAGCUGCUGCAGCCGUCAUCCUUUUCUCCACUGAGGGAAACGAGAACGACAGAGAGGGCGGGUUGGCACCUGCUCCAGCCUCCCCAUACCUGGCCAUCUGGUGCGUGCAUGUGUGCUGCUGCCAUGGCAACAGUGGCUCCUCCCCUCGCGCUUCUUCUCCUGCUGCUUCAGCUGGCUGAUGGCUCAUUCCCAGAGGAGCCAGGUCCACUCAGCUACGUCCCUGUAGAGGUGGUGAGGAGAUACCCCGUGUUCCUAGGCAGAGCCCAUCGCUCCGCUCUGAGACAGGAGCUGCACAUCCAAACGGUCCUCCAAGUCAACCGCACGCUUUACAUCGGAGCCAGAGAUGACUUGUACAGAGUGGAGCUGGAUAACAUGGCAGGCGAAGAAAUGUUUUACAGCAAGAAAAGGACCUGGGAGUCCAACAAGAACGACAUUCGAGUGUGUCGGAUGAAGGGCAAGCAUGAGGGAGAAUGUCGUAAUUUCAUCAAGGUCUUGCUCAGCCAGCAUGAUGGCCUGUUUGUAUGUGGAACAAACGCUUUCAACCCCCUGUGUGCCAACUACACUCGAGACACUCUAGAAAUGGCAGGAGAGCCCGUCAGCGGGAUGGCCCGGUGUCCAUAUGAUCCUCGACACGCUAAUGUGGCGUUAUUCGCAGAUGGAAGUCUUUUUACCGGCACCGUGACAGAUUUUCUGGCCAUCGACGCGGUGAUCUAUCGUAGUCUCGGCGACAGCCCAGCUCUCCGCACUGUGAAGCACGACUCUAAAUGGUUUCGAGAGCCCUACUUUGUCAGUGCCAUGGAGUGGGGGCCACAUAUUUAUUUCUUCUUUAGAGAGAUGGCCAUGGAGUUUCAUCAUCUGGAGAAGGUUAUGGUGUCCCGUGUGGCACGCGUGUGCAAAUCAGACUUGGGUGGCUCUCAGCGUGUCCUCGAGAAACAGUGGACCACAUUCCUAAAGGCGCGACUGAACUGCUCCAUCCCCGGAGACUCCCAUUUUUACUUCAACCUCCUACAUGCCACCAGCAACAUCAUCCACAUGCAGGGACGGGAUGUCAUCCUGGGUCUGUUUUCCACACCACCAAACAGCAUCCCCGGUUCUGCAGUUUGCGUGUUCGACAUGCAGCAGCUCGCUCAUGUUUUUGAGGGCCGAUUUAAAGAGCAAAAAUCCCCAGAGUCUAUUUGGACACCUGUACCAGAUGAAGCAGUGCCUAAACCAAGGCCUGGCGGAUGUGCAGUGCAGGGAUCCAGAUUUAGCACCUCAACAACUUUACCAGAUGAGGUCCUGAACUUUGUGAAGACUCAUCCGCUAAUGGAUGAGACUGUGCCACUGCUAGGACACAGACCCUGGGUGGUCAAGACUAUGGGAAGGUACCAGCUGACAGCCAUGGUGGUAGACACAGAAGCUGGGCCCCACAAGAACCACACUGUCUUGUUCCUGGGCUCCACCCGAGGGACCAUUCUCAAGUUCCUAAUGAUUUCUGGUGGAGAUCCAGUCUCCCACAGCAGCGUGUUUUUGGAGGAGGUGGAGGGAUUCAACCCUGAGAAGUGUGGUGAGGACUCUCCUCAGGCCCGUCAGCUCUUGUCCCUGACAUUGGACCGAACCAGCCACACUCUGCUGCUGGCCUUCCCCUCCUGUCUGGUCAGAGUCCCCACAUCUCGCUGUCACCUGCACGCUCGCUGCAUGAAGAGCUGUCUCGCCUCAAGAGAUCCAUACUGUGGAUGGACCAGAGGCAGUACCUGCUCCUUUCUGAGGCCAGGGACAAGAAUCCCCUUUCAACAAGAUGUGGAAUAUGGAAACGCCACCUCCCAUCUAGGAGACUGUGAUGGAAUUCUGCAGCAGAGUUUGUUGAUUGAGCCAGAGAGCCUGGUCUCCCUCAAUCUCCUCGUCGCGUCUGCAGUCUCGGCCUUCACCAUUGGGGCAGCACUCUCCGGGCUCGCCGUGUGCUGGAUCAUGGCCCACAAACCUGCCAACCGCCGUCAUGGCGGCAGCUCCCAGUCCUCCAUCCAGCGGCGUGAGAGGGGCCUACUGAGUAACUCCGGCGGGAUGGCUGGCUCUGUGCUGAGCGUCACAAGGCAAGGAGGUGGAGAGCGCUCGUGCUCCCAGGGUGGGGAGACCCUGUUUGUUAUGCCCAACGGCUGGGUCAAAUCGGGAGAGCUCGACCCGGGAUUCCUGCCCACUCCGGAGCAUACCCCGCAGCAGAAACGCAGAGGCCUACGACUGUCUGACUCCAACUCCGGAGGCUGGGACACCAGCCAGACGUAUCUGGGCGGAGGGUCUGUUGGUCUGGGCUCGCCCUGCCGCAUGCCGCCCUCUGUCUACCUGACCACUAGACUCUUUCAGCAGAGUGGAGGGGGGAGACAUGGAGGUGAGGGACGGGGGAACGACACACCACGCCAGCACUAUGUCUGCUUGAGCAAACAAGAAAAAGGAGGGAAAGGCACCCCCCGGGCCCCCGUUAGGAAGUCUGCAGGAGAAUAUGUCUACCCCAUGACCCCUCAGGACUCUCCUGAGCGCAGGAGGGUAGUCUCGGCACCAAGUGCCCCUGUUGAGUACAGCGAGCCGCUGCCCUUGCGUUGGCCAGCCCCAGAAGGCUACAUCCUGAGCAGCCAUGGGAUGGUCCCUGUCCCCCUGCCGCCUCCCACCAUGCCCCCUCCCGGUGGUCAGGCCUACAUGUCCCAGCAACACACACCAGGUCUGAGCAGGGCUCUGCUGAGAGGAGCUCUGGAGCGGGGGGAGUUGGGGGAGUUGGUGGAUCUCAGCCAGCUGAUGAGCAAGAAAAACUGCAGUGAUAGGACUCAGGCAGGCCAGUGAUUCCGGAGGAAGUGAAGCAUUCCUUCCAUGUGUGGAGCACGCCGUUAAAUUUCCAUGGAUCUCUCUCCUUUCUCCUCAUUCUGUCAAUCCCUCUCCCUCCCCUUUCCAUCCUCCACAUCUAUAUUUCACCGUCAUCCAGCCUUUUUUCAAACCUUUCACUCUCUCAGGCAAAUCUCUUCACCCCGUAACGAGUCUUUGCCUUCAACUGGCUGCUGGCUCUGCCACUCAUAUCCUUGCUCUCAUUAAUUGGUCAGACCGACUGAGGUUGUUGCCGUGUCUGCAAUGCAGAGUUGCCUUUCCCUCCAGCUCUUUGGGAUGAGAGAGAGGAGGGGAUGGAGGGAAAAAGAAACGGAAAGAAAACCAAACCGGGAGCAUUGAGGAUAAGGACAAAGAUUUAAAGAAUGCCUUCCUUCUGAAAAUUGGCUGGAUGCUUUGUCUCUUCUCUAUAACAUUUCAGAGACUGCCAGCCAUCUGUUCCUAAGUGUAUUUCCUGUCUCUCUGAUUGCCAACAAGGUACUUGAAGCAAAAUUGCAAACUGAAGACUAUUUAAGUAUCUAAAGCUGGAGGUGAAUCAACAGGCAGUCAUUGGGACUGAACAGAUGAGUCUAAGCAAAUCCCUCCCUGAUUUCCUUUUUAUAUUCCUUCACCUUGCAACACACCAAGAGCUUACACAUGAUUGUACAGGUGGAUCCCAUGUAUUCUACAAAAAGCAUGACUUGUGUGCCAAAUGCCUCUAACACGCAGGGAUACAGGACCAUAACUCAUGGCUGUGGAGAGCAGAGUGCAGCACUGAAGUGUCAGCACUAUUCCUGCCAACUGCACCCUCUGUGUAAUGACAGCAUCUCAGCUGUCCGUCUCCCCCCAAACACACAACCACACCAACCCCAAUACGCCCCGUUUUUUUUAAUGACCAAUGAUUCCUCAAGGACGCCUGGUGGGACUGCGCCACGCCAUUGGACGGAUGUAGAAAACCCUUUGCUGAAUUGAGGACAUAAAGGGGGAAAACAAUAAAAUCAGAUGUGUUGUUCUGAGAAGAAACUCAAAUCGCUGCAAUAUAUAAAGACCUUCACGGUCUUUUCGGUUUUAUUCUCCAUUUAAACACUUGGAUUAGUGAUAUUUAUAGAACCCAGCCUGAGUUUUUUGGGCAUAUUUCCUUUGUAGCCCUACACUGGGUCAAGGUCCUUUUGGAUGUGAUACAGUACAAUGUGACAGUUACAGUGAUAAUGAUUGAAACCUCUGGCUUAACUCAGAGGCAGCAGGGGGAAUGGAAAUGUCCCCCGCUCCCACAUGGAACUGUAUAUUCAACCUAUCAAAGUGUCCUGUGCUAUGAAGCAUUCUACAUUUAGAGCUACACACUGCAGCCUCAAAUUACAGUAGAGGCUAAAGAUACAGUACUGGAGACUUUUAUUGGCACCCCUGGUAAAGAUAGAGAGAAAGUCUCAAAUUAAAUUCAUCACUUGCUGCGGUAACAUAAUCUCCCUCUGUAAACUUUUGAAAAAUCCAAAAUUUAAUAGUGAUGAAAUAAUUGUUUUCUCAAAGUCAGAGGGGCCACAGUGUUUGGUACUCGGGCUGUUAAUAGUUUGCCAAAAGGAUGGUAAAUAAACUUGUCCGAUAACAGACUCAAAUGU